AUGGAGACCUCCCUGGAGACUCAAUUCCUUCCUCAUGGCGGGCAUCUCAGCGUGGAGGAGGAGGAAGGCUUCCCCGCGCAGGCUCAGCGUGGAGCGGCUUCUGAGUCCUCAGCCGCGGGCCGGGCUUCCCAUGCCCUCCGGAGCCUGUCCCCCGGAGCGGGCGUGCAGGCCUUUAUCUGGCUCCGCUUCCUCCAGGGGCACCAGAGAACUUGGAAGGCUCUCCCAUGGCGGUCUCAUUCCUCCUCCUCCUGCUCCUCCCCCUGCUCCGGGGGCCUCCGCAGGCUGCUGCAGCCGGACCAGUGCUGGGAGGCCUCAGAAAGGAAGGAAGCCAGGGGUUGGAGGUUGAGUUGGGGCGGGGGUGGGGGGUUGAUCUCAUGGGGGUAUCUGGCCUCACACAAGCCCCUCCCUACAGACGACAUCCAGGCCCUCUAUGUGGCCUCGGGGGAAGCAGUGGAGCUGCCAUGUCCCGCGCCGCCCACCCUGCACGGGGACGAAGUCCUGUCCUGGUUCCACAGCCCCGCCACAGGCUCCUCCACCACCCUGGUGGCCCGAGCCCCAGGCCCUGGGAGGCCUGGAAGGGAAUCCAGGCUCAAACUGCUGGGGAACUACUCUCUGUGGCUGGAAGGGGCCAAGGAGGGAGACGCCGGGCGGUACUGGUGCGCGGUGCUGGGGCAGCACCACAGAUACCAGAACUGGAGGGUGUAUGAUGUCUCCGUGCUCAAAGGAUCCCAGUUAUCUGCAAAGGCUGCAGACGGAGCCCCCUGCUCUGUCCUUCUGUGCGCUGUGGUCCCCGCCAGGCGCCUGGACUCUGUGGCCUGGCUGGAGGGGAAGGGUCCCGUGAGGGGCCAUGUGCAGGCCUUCUGGGGCGAUGGGGCUGCCCUGCUCUUGGUGUGUCCUGGGGAGGGGCUUCCUGAGGCCAGGGCCCGCAGGCCAAGGCUCGUCCGCUGCGUCGUGCCUCAGCACAAGGGGCUCAGCUUCAGCCUGGCAGCCCCCACGGAUGCCUCCCCUGCCCUCUGUGCCCCUUCCGAGGCCUGGGACGUGCGCUGGCUCCUGACGCUGCUGUUCGCCGCGGGCCAGGCCUGCGCCAUCCUGGUCCUCAGCAUCGUGCUCUGGAGGCGGCGGGCCCAGGGGGCUCCGUGCAGAGAGGCCUCGGUUCCUCAGUUCAAACCUGAAAUCCAGGUCUAUGAGAACAUCCACCUGGCCCGUCUGAGCCCACCUGCCCCCGCGGCCAGAUGAUCUCGGGCACCUGCUGGAGAGUGCCCGCCGCUCCUGGCCACGUGGCACCGCCCAGUCCCCUGAGCCCUCGGCAGGAGGGCGGGUCU